CUCUGACUAUGUGGGGGAAAAAAAAGCCAUUUUCUGGCGCUGCUGCAAGAUCUAACGUUAACCAACUCAAAAUAAUUUACCUGUAUCCACGUCGGGAGGUACGGGUGUUUUUCAUGUCAAAUCAGAUCCUUCCAGAUGGAUAAAAUGCAACCCAGUCGGCUAAAAAUCACAGAGCUGAAUCCUAACCUGAUAUGCCCACUGUGUGUGGGCUACUUCAUCGAUGCCACAACCAUUGUGGAGUGCUUGCACUCAUUCUGCAAGACGUGCAUUGUUGCCUUCCUGGAAACCAACAAGUUCUGCCCCAGAUGUGAUGUGCAAGUACACAAGACAUGUCCACAGCUCAGCAUCAGGUCAGACAAGACUCUACAGGACAUUGUAUACAAGUUGGUGCCUGGAUUAUUCAAAGAUGAGAUGAAACGAAGGCGGGACUUCUACACAAACCAGGAAAACCAACACCUGGAGCCAGGAGAAGUGGUGGAGGAGCCGACUAUUAUUGCAGAAGAUGAAAUCAUCAGUCUCUCCAUUCAGUUCCAUGAGAAGAUCAAAAGUGACACACAACCUGUGGAUACAGAAGGAGACAAUACCAACAGCAAACGCUUCCUGCAAUGCCCGGCAGCCAUGACAGUCCUGCACUUAGCCAAGUUCCUGCGUAGCAAGAUGGACAUUCCGAACACCUUACGGAUUGAAGUGCUCUACGCUGAUGAGCCCUUAAAGGACUACUACACGCUGAUGGAUAUUGCCUACAUGUAUUCUUGGCGACGUAAUGGCCCCCUCCCCCUGCAGUACUGUGUCAAGCCCACCCGGAAGCGUCGAAGGCUGUCCCAAGGUGCCGCCCAGGCCCACUCCGAUGGUGUCAACACAAGCCCCACCUCUGAGAGCGACUCCCACAGCGACAAGGCCCUGAGCCCGGCUGGUCAGGUCCCCAGAGCCGCCUCCACCCUGCCCAGCCCUGCCCUCCGAGGCCAACCCUCUACCCUUCAGAGCCCCAGCGGUACCACAGGACCCAACGGUACUCAACGGCUCCCUCUAGCCUCCAAGUCGGGGAGCAACGCACGCAAGGUGAACGUCAACGGCAAAAGCAAUGGAGCAGCGACUGAGACUAGGGGAGGGGACAAAGGGGCGGUAUCACCCCCAACCUAAAUCUGAUACAUCCCAGAAACAUGGAGAGUGAAACAGAAUUGCCCCAAAAUGUCGGAGUAGCCCCUCAAUGGACCAAUGGACAGACCAAGAGGAAAUCUGCCAAGAGAGUACUGAGGGAGAGGGCGAUUGUGAUCAGUAAACAGACUGUCAAGUGCAGCCAAAUAGACAUUUAAUUUCAAUGUGUGUGUGACUGUGUGUUAGAGUAAAACAUACAUACAAAAUGUACAAUAUGUAUCCAAUGUGAGCAUUCGUACAUACCUGGUCAUGUAUAUAGAGUAUCUUUUAUACAGGAUAUUGUAAUUGUUUUGUAACUGUAUGAUAUGCAGUCGGUUCAACGAUUCCUUUCCCCAAGUCUUCACAAUUAAUUUGGCUUUAAAAUAUCAAUUGACAAAAUGCUGAAUGGCAUUGCGAUGCAAUUGUCUAUCUGUAUGGGUAUGUAAUAUAUAUACACACACGCAGUUGAAGUCUGAAGUUUACAUACACCGUAGCCAAAUAUAUUUAACCUCAGUUAUUCACAAUUCCUGACAUAUAAUCCCAGUAAACAUUUCCUGUCCUAGGUCAGUUAGGAUCACCACUUUAUUUUAAGAAUGUGAAUUGUCAGAGUAAUAGUCGAGAGAAUGAUUUAUUUCAGCUUUUAUUUCUUUCAUCACAUUCCCACUGGGUCAGAAGUUUACAUACACUCAAUUAGUAUUUGGUAGCAUUGCCUUUAAAUUGGGUCAAACAUUUUAAGGUAGCCUUCCACAAGCUUCCUACAAUACAUUGGGUGAAUUUUGGCCCAUUCCUCCUGACAGAGCUGUUGUAACUUGAGUCAGGUUUGUAAGGCCUCCUUGCUCGCACACUUUUUUUUUUUUUUAGUUCUGCCCACAAUUUUUUUUUAUAGGAUUGAGGUCAGGGCUUUGUGAUGGCCACUCCAAAUACUUUCACUUUGUUGUCCUUAUGCCAUUUUGCCACAACUUUGGAGGUAUUUCAUUUUGAAUUGUACCUUUAUUUUACUAGACAAGUCAGUUAAGAACAAAUUCUUAUUUUCAAUAACGGCCUAGGAACAGUGGGUUAACUGCCUGUUCAGGGGCAGAACGACAGUUGUACCUUGUCAGCUCGGGGAUUUGAACUUGCAACCUUUCGGUUGCUAGUCCAACGCUCUAACCACUAGGCUACCCUGCUUGGGGUCAUUGUCUAUUUUGAAGACCCAUUUGCGACCAAGCUUUAACUUCCUGACUGAUGUCUUGAGAUGUUGCUUCAAAAUAACCACACAAUUUUCCUUCCUCAUGAUGCCAUCUAUUUUGUGAAGUGCACCAGUCCCUCCUGCAGCAAAGCGCCCCACAACAUGAUGCUGCAACCCCCGUGCUUCACAGUUGGGAUGGUGAUCUUCGGCUUGCAAGCCUCCCCCUUUUUCCUCCAAACCUAACGAUGGUCAUUAUUGCAAACCAGUUAUAUUUUUGUUUCAUCAGAUCAGAGGAUAUUUCUCAAAAAAGUACUAUCUUUGUUCCAAUAUGCAGUUGCAAACCGUAGUAUUGCUUUUUUACGGCGGUUUUGAAGCAGUGGCUUCUUCCUUGCUGAGUGGCCUUUCCAGUUAUGUCGAUAUAGGACUCGUUUUACUGUGGAUAUAGAUACUUUUGUACCUGUUUCCUCCAGCAUCUUCACAAGGCCCUUUGCUGUUGUUCUGGGAUUGAUUUGCACUUUUCGCACAAAAGUCCAUUCAUCUCAAGGAGACAGAAUGUGUCUCCUUCCUGAGAGGUAUGACAGCUUUUUCAGGCUUUUGGAAAUUGUCCCCAAGAAUGAACCAGACUUGUGGAGGUCUACAAUUUGUUUUCUGGGGUCUUGGCUGAUUUCUUUUGAUUUUCCCAUGAUGUCAAGCAAAGAGGCACUGAGUUUGAUGGUACGCCUUGAAAUACAUCCACAGGUACACCUCCAAUUGACUCAAAUCAUUUGAAUUAGCCUAUCAGAAGAUUCUAAAGCCAUGACGUAAUUUUCUGGACAAGCUGUUUAAAGGCACAGUCAACUUAGUUUAGUGUAUGUAAACUUCUGACCCACUGGAAAUGUGAUACAGUGAAUUAUAAGUGAAAUAAUCUGUCUGUAAACAAUUGUUGGAAAAAUUACUUGUGUCAUGCACAAAGUAGAUGUCCUAACCGACUUGCCAGAAUUAUAGUUUUUUAACAAGAAAUUUGUGGAGUGGUUGAAAAACUAGUUUUAAUGACUCCAACCUAAGUGUAUGUAAACUUCUGACUUCAACUGUAUAUAUAUAUAUAUAUAUAUAAAACCUAGAAAUAUAAAGGCAAGAUCUGUCUUCUUGCCGUCAGUCAUACUGUAUAUAAUAACUCUGGUGUAUGUAGAUGCAGUACUUUCAACUGGUAAUGGCCCCAAUCACCAAGGACAAUAGAUAUGUACGAAACAUUUGAUGCACUUUCUUUGAAAUGCAGAUCACAGUAUGCGAGUACUAAACUUCCCUGUGCUUUGACAUUAGAAAAGCCAUUAUAUUUAUCAAGCCUCAAGCAGCACUACAAUCGUCUGAAAAACGUAGCUUACUGUACGUUUCUCAGCGUUACAUACCGGUACCCGUUCUACUCACAUCAGAGAAAUGAGCUCAAAGGGAAUUGUAUAUCUGACCAUGUACACCUUGUUGUAUUUUCAUACACUUUUGACAUUCCCUCAAUGUAUAUUUUGACCAUUCAAUGAUAUUAUUCUAAAAUAUCAGCCAUAUGUGCAUGUUUAGGUCAUUAAAAUGUUUACUUGCUUGGUUAUGA